AUGGGGCUGCCAGAGUCGAGUCAAACGAUCACCUGUUGGAUCGAAGCAUACCAUAACGACGAAGUGGGCAUCUUUCACCGUGACAGCCGCAGGGGUGACACCUUUCCUGAGACCAACUGGUCGGACCCACAAAAGCAGCAAACGCACCGACAACCGGACAAGCACCCGUGCCGCUUCUGUCCUCACUCAAGCUCUUCCGCAGUGUGUCUCGCCAUCCACGAGAGGACUCACACUGGCGAGAGGCCCUUCAGUUGCGGUGUCUGCGAGAAAAUGUUCGCGAAAAAGUAUGACUUGAUGGCUCACGAUAGAACUCACACCGGAGAGAAGCCGUUCAAGUGCAACACGUGCAGCAAGGCGUUUACUCUGAAACGCACCUUGGCGGAUCACGAAAGAAUUCACACCGGAGAGAAGCCGUUCAAGUGCAACACGUGCAGCAAGACGUUUACUCUGAAACGCACCUUGGCGGAUCACGAAAGAAUUCACGCCGGAGAGAAGCCGUUCAAGUGCAACACGUGCAGCAAGGCGUUUACUCUGAAACGCACCUUGGCGGAUCACGAAAGAAUUCACACCGGAGAGAAGCCGUUCAAGUGCAACACGUGCAGCAAGGCGUUUACUCUGAAACGCACCUUGGCGGAUCACGAAAGAAUUCACGCCGGAGAGAAGCCGUUCAAGUGCAACACGUGCAGCAAGUCUGAAACGCACCUUGGCGGAUCACGAAAGAAUUCACACCGGAGAGAAGCCGUUCAAGUGCAACACGUGCAGCAAGGCGUUUACUCAGAAAACCAACUUGGCGAAUCAUGA